CAGAUUUGACAACACAACGCCUUCGCACGCACGUACUUGUCAUGGAGGCGGACUCGACAGAGACUUCGGCAAGAGCCCAAGACACCACAUCAUGCGCUCCUGUGUCUUACCAAUUCCACUUGUUCGGUGCGUUCAAUGCCGUGUGCAGCAAGGGAAAGAACGGCGUGCAGACGUGUCAAGCGAUCUCGUCGUACUUGCAAGACAGGGCAGCCCAUGAGCAGUUCUACAGCAAACAACUGGCCAAGAUCCAACAGAACGUCAAAACUGAAGAUUGGGCCAAGCACGUCGCCAACACAUGGAACACAUUCCACCACACGAUCGCCGCCAUCUCGUUGGAGUACGCCGAGUUCUCAAACAUGCACACGUCGAGCAUCGUGUCUGGUAUGAAAGCGUGUACCAGUCAGCAAGAAAGCCAGAUCCAGCGACUGAUCACUGAGGGCUCGAAGCUUCGAACACAGUACGUGGAAUGCAUGAACAAGAUGUCCAAGGCCAAGGAACGAUACGACAAAAAGUGUGCGGAAGCCAUCGACACGAUCCAGUCGAUUCGCCGCCCGCCUGCCGCCGACGGCACUAGUGACAAGGUGGACAUUUUCUCCAAGGUAUGGGACAACACCGCGAAGGGUCUGGGCUUGGGCUCCCUUGAGAGACAAAAGCAACGUAUGGCGUCGUGCCUGGAGGACGUGGUAGCGUCCGAGGACGCGUACGUUCGCUCCGUGGACGCCAUGAACAUCCAGUACACGAGCUAUGAGCGCCAAGUCCAAGAAAACCUCAUCGCGUUUGAAGUCACGGAGGAGCAGCGCUUGGAGUACAUCAAGGAUCUGUUGGUCCGCUCCGAAAAGUCAAGGAAUGCCAUGAUGGGUCGAGUUGAGCGACUCAUCAGUGGCAUGCGCGAAGCUCUCAAGUCGAUCGACGUUCUGGACGACAUCGACGACGGGUUCACCAAGCUGUUGGGUCUGAAACACAAAGAAGGCAAUGACGUGGAGCUGCAGGUGGACAUUUCACCCGCCUCUAUCACCGCCCUCGUGCUCAAGAUGCAGACAAUGACGGACCAGGGCGUGGUGUUCACACACACGAUGCUAAAUACGCUCGUCGAGUGCAUCUCCGCCGAGGAAACCCUCGUGGGGGCGCUGGAGAGGAUCCACACAUCGUACUCGCCCUUGUCGAACGAAGCCGCGACGCUGUUCUCGUCGGCGGCGCCCGUGGUGUUUGCCGAAGGAACGACGCUCGACCGGGGAUGGGGCGCCGUGCUCAUGCACAUGCAACGCGUGGCCUACUUGCACAAGGAAUUUGGGUCCCUCUUGGCCGAGCCCGUGUCGUUGAGCCUCGACACCAUGAAAACCGAGUACAUUGAGACGAAACUGAAAAUGGACGACGAGCUGCACCAUCUCCUGGCGUCGGUCGCGACGGACAUGGCCAGCCAUACCAAGCUCGAGCAAAAACUCGAUGCCAAAUCCAAAGAGCUGGCAGUAACCAAAGCGUCCCUUGCAUCGAACAUCGAAAAGGACGCGAUGCUGCAGCGGUUCAUGGAGAGUCCCGUGGAUCGAGAGCGAAAGCUCGUGGUGAAAUCCGACCUGUUGCAGGACGAAGUCGCCGACUUGAAAGGCCAAGUGGACGCCAGCGGUGCCGCGAUGACCGCAAAACUCGAGCUGCGUCGUCAAGACAUUUGCCAGAUUGUGUCGCUGUGUAUGAAGAACGAAAAGUACCGGCUGGACGUGAAGAAGAGCUCGCUUCGAUCGCUCGUCAAAGCGCACGAGCACUUAGUCGCGGGUCUGCUGCACGCGUCCACCGCCGUCUUAAGGGAAGUAGAAACAAUCAGCCCCGUCAGCGACAUUCGCGAGUUCAUUCGGCAAGCGCAAGUGCCAUGGCAGGCCCACGAACCGAUGAUCCCGACGCUGCAUGGGAACGCAUUGCUCGCCACCGAACUCAAGACUUUUGAGAAAACGCCUCAGCCCAAGUUGUCUCGCGCGCUGAGCUCGCUGUCCAUCCGCACCGCCACCAUUGCCCCCACCGACGACAGCAACAACAAGACCGCCGCCCUCCAAGACAAAGUGCUCGCGGCGGAAGCGGAAAAGGAGGACUCGUUUGGGCACUCGGACUUGCAAAAGAACUUCAACUUGCCACCGUCGGAGCAAGUGGUGACGAGCUUUUCGUGUGCUUUGUACCUCAAUAAUUUCCCACAUCAUGGCCGAUUGUUCUUGUCGCAGUCAUACUUGUGCUUUGCGGGGUGGCGGGAAUCGUACGUGGUCGUUCCAAUCAUUGAAAUUGCGAUCGUUGAAAAGAAAAACACGGCCCUUGUCGUGCCGAAUGGUAUGGAGCUGACCACCACAACCCAAGGCAAACACUUUUUCGCCUCGUUUAUCUUUCGGGAUGAAUGCGUGCAAGCUAUUUUGCAAUUGCAACAGAUCAAGAAACAAACGCAAGACAUUUUGGCCCCAGAGCUCACGACUGCAUUAAGUGAAACCCCCAGUGACGACCCCACGAUUGCAUUCGUGCCAGCCGCCACGACGACCCUUGACCUGGUUGAGGAACUGGCGAUCCUGUCGCAAGACUACGACACUGUGGUGGACCAACUUGUGCUGCCCUUCAGUGUGGACGUCGCCUUUACCCAGUUUUGGCAACCGACCACGUUCUUGACCACGUUGCUGGAAAGUUGUGGGGAAACGCUUGUCAACGUUGGUAGGUGCAGAUAACAACGGGGAACUGGACACUUCAAAAUGGCUGGCGUUGGGAUGUAGGGUCGUGGCACAGCAACGAGACGUCGUACGCAGCCUUUGACCGGCUCGAGCAGUUUCAGGCAGUCCGUACGGUUGCGUACACGCACAAUAAAAAGUACAUGGUCGGCCCCAGCAGCAUUCCCACGGUGCAAAAGCAACGAUUGAAAUAUGACAAGGCCAAUGGGUGCUUGGUGCUGACCGUCACGACCACCGUGACCGACGCGCCAUAUCACGACUACUUUCGAGCCGAAAGCCGGUGGGUAUUUUCUACUGCUGCCACACACAGCCCAAACGAGUGCCGACUCGACACGGGCGUUCGUUUGCAUUGGAUCAAAAACACGUGGCUGAAGAAACAGAUUGAAAGUGCGACAGCGUCCGAGUCGAAAGAAACCAUGAAGUACUGGACAGUCCAAGCCAUUGAAGCAUAUCAAGCCAAACCAGCACAGGAUGUACCAGCAGCAUCCCCCGAGAGUUCCCCAGAAGUAGAACAACCAAAGACGACUCGAAACACCCAAGUCCUUCCACGACCUCGUUCGAUCGCCGAGUCAUUUCCAUCUCGUUCAAGGGAUAUCCUCGUCCUCGUUGGCCUGGCGAUCGUGCUAUGGUAUGUGCACCAAUUGACGGCAACGCUGCACCACGUUGUUCGCGUCCAAGCAGACCAGCAAAAACUCCUCGACGCCAUUCUCGCACAGUUAUCAAGUCGUCCGCGUUGAGAUUAUCUGUUGUUUUAACCAUCUUGGAAUAAAUGCAGCGACUCGAAAUUCAAGCGUGGAACCAUAACGUUGUUAGGGGGUGGCGACAGGAUCGCAGCGCUACCACGUUCGUGUAAUGAUUGGGCUAAUGCACGGUUAGCCAUAGAUAGCUACAUCCAUAAA